GGCAACGUUUCUCAUAUGAACUGUUACUUUUUUUCUAUUUCUCUUUUGUUUACAAACAUUAACUACGCAGUCUGGCAUCUCCAGAGUUAUUUGCCAAAAAACGACUCAAAACAGCUGUUAAAUGAAAAAACGAACGCCGAAGAAAAUUCGCGCAUAAUUACAAACUGGCAAAAACAAUUACUUAAUGCUUGCUCACAACAAAAGCAACAGUUGCAGAAAAAUGGUUUUAAAACUUCCAGUUUUUUACUAAAUCCUCACAAGCAAAAUCCAAAUACCACACAAGAAAAUGGUACAACAGCCAAUGCACAAAAGAAACACAAAGAGUCCAUGAAGAUAACCUUAAUACAGAAUCAAAAUAUGACAGUAACAGCUUUGGAGGAGGCACAAAGUUUGGCCAAAAGACGUUCAAUGCAUUUGGUAAAGGUACAGGAUAUGGAUGCAAAAACACAAAGGCCGGUCUAUAAACUUUUAACAGCUGCCGAAAUGUUGCAAUCUGAAUUGUCCGAUAAAUCUUCAUCGGCUGCCGAUAAAACAGCUGGCAAGAAAUCAGAAAAGUCUUUAAAUAUUGGCUCACGCAUAGCUGAACAUGAUUUAGCUUCACGUUUGAAAAACAUCUCUAAAUGGUUGAAUAAACAGCAUGAAGUACGUAUUUUAAUACAAGGUAACUCCCAGCAAGAUAUGGCCAAUUGUGAGAAAAUCUUUAAGACCAUAGAAGAAUCCAUAAAAACUCCACAAAUUAUCGGCAAAAUAGUGCAAAAGCGCACUAAAGGCAAUAUAGUCAAGUUUAAUAUAUUACCUGUAGCACCCGACACCAAUGUAAAAGCUGAUGUCAAAAGUCAAUGACUUGCAGUAGACCACUUUAUUUCGAACACUCUCACCAAUACCUCGAUACGUUGCUAUUCACGCUUAUCCACACAAAAUCUCAAUGAUGAACGUCUUCUGUCUUCAUCGGCAUCCUCAACAACUUCAAUGUCACACACCUAUAAAGGACCUUUGGCUUUAACUUUUCUUAGUAUAUGUUUUAUAACUAUGAAGUAUAUAUUUUGGUGGAAUUAUCUUGAAAAGGAAACUGUGAAAGAAAGGCAGGUGGACGCGCAAAUAUUGAACGAUAAAAACUAUGGCUCAAAUUGAAAUUUCUACGGCAGCGCGAUUAUUGUUGUGAAAUAUAUUUAAAAAAAAACAUGUUAGUAAUUCUUUUGAUCUAUUUCAUUUUGUUAUGUUUUUUUAAUUUUUUGUUUUUAUUGUAAUAAUUUAAGAUUAUAGUUUCCCUUUUCUAAUUUGCAAAUAAAAUAUUAAACGACUGAUAGUUAAA